AUGCGACUCCAAGCGCUUACAGCCUGGGCGAUUGCCCUCACCUGGGCGACAGCUCUUGUCUCCGCUAAGAAUGCGACCACAUCGGGCACCACCUACCCGACCAAGUCGGGCAUCAAAGCUUGGGUCGACCCCGACACACCCGACGACCGCCAGACGUACACCAGCUCGCGCGGCCGGAAAUGGGAUCUGGUCAUGAACGACGAGUUCAACGUGGCCAACCGCAGCUUCCGACCCGGUGACGACCACAUCUGGACUUCACUGGAGAAGCCCGACGGUGUGAAUGGCGCUCUGGAGCUCUACCCGCACAACAUGACUUCGACCAAGUGCGACGACGACGGAACGUGCUACUUCUACAUCGAAGCCAUCGACGAGGUGAAUGUGAUCCACGUGUACAACAUGUACACGCACCCUCCGGGCUACGUGGACGCCUACUUCUUCUACCGUGUGGCCAUGGUGCAGUCGUGGAACAAGUUCUGCUUCCAAGGCGGCAUGCUCGAGAUGCGCGCGCAGCUCCCCGGAGCUGUGUCGGCGGCGUCAGGGAACCCCGAUUUGGCGAAAGGCAAGAACGCGAGAGCCAUCUUCUCCGCGUCGACGAACCGCAUGUGGCCGUUCUCCUAUGACCGCUGUGAGCCCGACGUCUUCGACCCCGAGAACCAGCGGAUCAGCGCGUGUGACGACAACCCGGGCUACGGGAUGAACCCGAACCAAGGCCGCGGUGCGCCGGAGAUUGACCUGCUGGAAGGCGGUGGGAUGGCCGUGUCUUCCUCGCUGCAGAUUGCACCUGGGAUGCCCGACGACUACCGACUUUUCCCCGUUGACACGUCGACCGGAGACUAUGUCUACUGCGUCUACGGAUACACGUGCACAACGCCCGGAGCCAACUACAUCGACGUCCCGACGGCGUACUACGAGAAGGAACGCGGGCAUAAAUCCUGGUACCAAGGUCUGCGCUACGCCUCGAACAAUUUCUGCCAGCAAGACGCCGCUGCCAAGCAGAGCUACGCUACCGUUGCUGCGUCUCUGAAGAACCACUGGGGCAUCAACACCAACGGCACGUGCUACCCACUCGUCAACUCGUACAUGGGUUCGUACCUGUGUGACCCGGACAACACCAACACCAAGUGUGCCAGUCCUCGUAAUGAGUCCACGACCCCGAAGUCGAACGCCAUGAGCUCGUUCAACUACCAAAUGGACGCCAUUUCCUCCAACUGGCCCGUGCAUCUCGGGGCGUACACGGACUACGUUGAGUACCAGAUCGAGUGGGUCACCGGCAAGAACGGAUAUGUGCGUUGGAUGCUUCAGGGCAACCCCCUCUUUGAGGUCACGACGGACGCGUUCUCCAAUGUACCGCAGAACGCGAAGAAGAACAACCCGCAGAAGGUUAUGCUGGAGGAACCGAUGUCGCUUAUAUUGAACGUCGCUCUGUCGAGUUCGUGGGGCGCCACGCCUCCCAAUGCCGGGAAGGAGUGUCGAGGCGACGGCACCGAUGAGGAGACCAACAGAAUCUGCGAGUCGUUCCCGAUGUACCUGAAGAUCGACUACAUGCGGUUGUAUCAGGACCUUGGAGACGACCUGGAUGGUGACAACUACAUGCAAGUCGGCUGCGACCCUAAGAGCCACCCGACCAAGGAGUGGAUCGACGGUCAUAUUGACGAGUACGAAGACGACGACAACAAGUGGGAGGAAGUCGCGGGCAAGGCCUUCUGCUCGGUGGAUGAUGACUGCACGAUCGGUGGCAAUCUGGGCAAGACGGCGCUGAAGACGGGCAAGUGUGUCAAGCAGCGCUGUCAGUGCACGUACGCGUCGUCUUGGGGUGGUCCGCGAUGCACCACAGCGAUCUCGAGCUCCUCUGCUACCUCCACGUCUGUGUCGAAGAGCUCCUACGGCCCUCCCAUGGGCCUGACCGGUAUGAUUGUGCUCUUGUCGUUCAUCUCCGUGUACUUUUCACUGUUCGUAGUCAAGACGAAGUCCGCGUCGGAGAUGAAGAAGAACGCAGCGUAUGACAACGACGACGGACCCAAGCUGUCCUAUAGUAACGCUCACGGACAUGGCCGACCAACAGACAACUACCGACAGAACUUUAUCUAA